UUUUAUACAAUACAUUGGUACACAGGUGAAACAUUAAAAGUUCUAACUUUUUAAGAAACCAAGUUUUUGGAAAAAAUUAAAAAAAUUGAAAUAUUCAUGAAAUAUGCCAGUUCCACCAAAAGCAAAAUUGUAUAAUAAAACAGGAAAAUUGAAAAUCAUUGGACAAAAUAAAAGUCACAAUAACGUAACCAACAAUAAUGGUGCUGUUGAAGUUCAAGAUAAUGUAGCUGGUUCAUCCAGAGAUUCAGAAGCAGACUGUCAAUUUGAGUUAGAGCUAUGUUGGUGUAUACAGCAAUUGGAAAACUCUUUAAGCUCAGGAAAAUUAAACGAUAAGCAAAUCCAAGCAACGGAAAAAACAAUAAAAACUUUGAAAAGUUCGACACAGCCUGUAAUUAAAAAGCGACAACUAAUGCGCUCUACCUUUGGUGACUAUCGUGCUAAAAUGAAUGAAGAAGAAAAGAAAUAUUCUCUAGGAACGAAACAAAUAAAAUUUGAUCCCAAAGUGAAACAAAAAGAUAAAUCAUUUUUCAUAAAAAAAUCUAUAUUCAUGAAAACUGGAGACAAAGAUUUCAAAUUUAAUUUUCAAGUUACGCAGGGAAUUCAAGACUUAAAUAUCUCGAAACAAUCUGAAGUUGGAGCAGCUGAAGAGAAAGAUGUUGAAAAGGAUCAAAAUAUUUUUCAUUUUAUUCCUUCCGAAAAUACUUUUAAAUUUGAUUUUAAGUUUGAGUAAGAUAUUUUUCUAAUUGAUUUGAUAUCGAAAUAUCUGCAUUUUGUGAUUAAAUUAAUUAAAUAUAAGAACAUGGCCUCGUUGUUUAUA